AUGUCUCACGGCUUUUCCAGUAUUAACGACCAGGGUAUAUGCCCUGCAUUCCCUGGCCUGUCAGCGCGGAGUAUACCCGAAAACCCAGAUAUCCAACGUGAGACUCUACGUUUGCUAGUGCAGUAUUCUGGGGUCUCCUCUCUGCCCGAGAAACCGUCAACUCCAGCCACUUCUGGUCAUGCGGCUCGGGAUGCCUGGCAGACUCCACGGACUGAAGUCCAGCCCAUUGAGGCAUCACCUCGACGCAUACGUUCAUCAAGUUCCAGCCAUGCCCCUCGACCUUCUUCUUCCCACUCUGUCGCUCCUUCCUCUGGCAGUCCAAUCCGGGUUUCUCCUCGCAAUUCUUCCCGCGCUUCCUCCCGCGCUCCUUCCCGACUUCCAUCUCCUCCAACUGUCUCUGUUUCUUCCUCACUUGGCAUCUCUCCCAGUCAUCGCGAGCGCCAACGAACUCUUAGGGGGAGUGUGGCAAUCUCAAAUGCCAGUAGGAACGAUGAGAUAGUGGCUCCUAUAUUAAAACAGCAUUUCUCUUACCCGCCGGAGACCAUUUCAUCUGCCACUAGAUCGCCUCAAUCCUCGCGGUCAAUAUCGCCGACAGCUGAGCAAAAGCUCAUCCGUCGCUCCAGUCGGAAUAGGGUUAAACCAACAAAUUAUUACGCCAAUCCCUGGGCCAAUGUUCGCCUUGGCCCUGGAGAGCCAAGCACAACUGUCGAAGCUAUUCCGGACCCAGUCGCGUCUUCUCCUCAGGAGCCACGUCGUGUUUUACCUCGCCGUGCAAAUGUCCAAAAGCUGCUGUACAGCCGUGAGCUUGGGAGUGGAAAUCAUCGCCCCAUUGUCACCGAUGUGGUCUCGGAUCUGAGACCAUGGAAAUCAUGGCAAGGCGCUUCAGGCGAUCUGCUUGUUCUGGCUUGGUCGCCUGAUGGCACUCAGUUUGCGGCAGGUGCCGCAGCUAAAUCAGACGAACAUAAUAUGCAGUACAACAAAGCCAACAAUCUUCUUUUGGGCGACCUUCAGUGCAAUCGACUAAAGGAAAUUCCGGAUCAUUGGAUUCCACGACCAACAUCCUCAACGGUUGAUGACCCGCGGCUUUUCAUGAGCGUUAAUAAUAUGCAAUGGAUUGGCAACCGACUUUACACUGCUAGUUUCGACAAAACCGUCAAGAUCUGGGACGUGGAGUCACUCCCCAACGUAUCCUGUACCCAUACCUUGCAGCAUGAGUCCCGAGUGGCAGUGAUGUCCGUCUCGAGAUUCGACCCGAAUAUAUUGGCUACAGGGACAGAGUCAAUCUUGGUCUGGGACACACGAGAUCCGGAAAACUUAACAUCAACUCUUCUCCCCAUCGACCGCGAUGCACGAUAUAAGCCCAACUUUGAGUUUUCAUCAACAGCCCUGGCCUGGGGGCAUACUCCAUCGACUAAGGAGUUCCUAGCUGGAGGCCUCGCAGAACCCGGGGAAGACCCAAUAUAUAAAGGCCACUUAGGUUUGUGGCGAGCCCGCGAAUCUGCAUUUGAGACCAUCAGAAUUGCGUCCAACUCACAAAAUGUCUUCGACAUUAAGUGGCAUUCUUCAUUGCCCAUGUUUGCCACGGCCAGUCCGGAAGACCCCCACAACGCACGGAUCAAAGGCAUCGGCAUUACAACAAAGUCCAUUGUGAGGGUGUUUAGCCUCAACUGUGACCUCCAAAAGCGUGUACCAUCCAUUAUGGAAUUCUUCUGUCCGGCUUUGGAUGUCAAUGAGGUCAGUUUCUGUCCAUUGGAUUCUAACGGGACGUAUAUCACUGCCAGCUGCACAGACGGCAAAACCUAUGUUUGGGACAAUCGGAAGGGUGAUAGGAUUCUCCACGAACUUCAGCAUAGGGCCCCCCUCAACCCAAUUGAUCACCAGCGAACCCGGGAGAUGGCAGACGUGGGUGUUAGAGUGGCUCUCUGGGGUUCAUCUAUGGACCAGUUUUACACCGGUGCGUCCGAUGGUGUCCUCAAACGAUGGGAUAUUCGCAGGUCACCCGAAGAUGUCCUCGUUGAGGAUGUGGCAUCUUUCGACGAAGAGAUCAUGUGCGCCGCUUUCACUGAAGAUCAAUCUCACCUCCUCGUGGGUGGUUCUGGAGGAGGGGUGCACGUACUAUCAUCAGGACCUUGUUCGGACCCCAACAUUACAACUUUCGACUUUGAACAUGCUCCAGAGCCCGAAAAGCCCAGUAAUAGUGCCAGUGAUAGCGGUGUCCUUGCAGGAUACCAGCUUAUCUUGUCCGGCCAGGUGGUUAAGCACGAAACAUUUGGUAUGGGCCAAGGGCCCUCUUACACGGGGCCUUUUGCCUCGUGGGCUCGGAAUCCCAAACCAGACGUUCCUUCCGAUCGGAUUGGGCAACUCCCUUUGCUCAAAAAAUAUCAAAUCCAACAAUUGGAUGGACCGCCGCCAGAGGAUCGUCAUGAGCUCGAUUUGAAUCAGCGACGAGAGGUCCAAAGACACAUACAAAUUGCGGAAAUACGAAAUCGGGGAUUCUAUAAGAGAAAACGCCAGGAGCACGAUGAUCUUUCUACGUUCAUCUCUAAGGGCACCGUAUUUCUGUCUUCUCUUGGCUCUUCCCGCCCGGGGAAGAAGAGGAAGAAAAGAGUUGAGAAAAUUGAAGUGAAAGGGGAAGAAAAUCAGGAAAACCAUGAAGAGAACCGAGAUAAGAAAGAUGACCGUGACACGGAGAUGGAGAGAUCAAACCGACAUCGGUUUGCUCUUGAAGAACUACUUGAGGUUCUUGAAGACGAUAAUUGGUUCCCUGCCAGUGGAGAAAUUGAUCCCAAUAUCCAGAAGGAGAGCGUCUAA